UAAACACGAUAUUGCUUGCGGUAUUUACAAUUUUUUAUUUUAGUUAAAUACGUUAAAAAUUAAUAAAUAAGAUUUUAAAAUGGACACUAACGAUACUGAAAACACCAGUAAUGAAACGACAUCUCCAGAAGAACAAAUUCAACAGCCCAUGGAGUCUGUGUCAACGAGCAAUGUGGUUGAAAUUAAAGAAAAUGUAGUUGAGGAAUCAGAAAGUCCAAAGGCAGAAGUAACUUCCGUAACGCCAAAAGAAACUAUAGAAAUAUUGAGAGUGGAAGUUGUAGCUCCUCGCACAGAAGAACCUUCUAGUGCUGAAAAGCCUAACGAUGAAACUAUGGACAGUAGCAUUGUGGAAGAAUGUGUUCAAAAUAAACCGGUGAAUGAAGAAGAGCAAACAGUAGAAAAUAAAACUCAAAACGAAUCUCUGGCUGAUGUCAACUUGGAGACUAAUGAAAUGGAGACAAACAAUGAAAAUGUACCAACACCACAAAUAGAAGUUGAGGAAAUCACCGAGGAAGCCACAACAAACACUUUGGAGUCAUCAAAUACAGCAAGACCAAGUGGACUCGGCUUAUUAGCUCAAUAUGAUUCCGAUAAUGAAGAUAAGAUUUCCGACACCGAUUCGGUAAUAGAAGUUCCAGUAGCUGGUCACGAUUAUCGGAACCAAGUGGUUGAAAUCGAUAGUGAUUCGGAUGAUAGCAGUGAUUCCUCUGAUGUUGAGUAUCUGAAUGUGUUGCGUAAAACGAUUGAAAAACGUAUGGAAGUCGUCGAUGAGGACGACGAGGAGGAUGAGGAUGGCAAUACUACUGGCAAAAAGAAGCAUAUACCAAAAUUGAAAGUAAAAGGCGAAAUGUUAUUAGAAGAUUUACCACCCAUUCAAGACUUACAAAUAACAGUACCGGAAGAUCAAUGCAUAGAGUUUGGUAAAAUUCACUCCGUCGUUGAUCAAUUGGUCUUAGUUAGUGCUUUGCCAAAUGCAAUUUUAUUGGAUUUGGAAACGGUGAUAUUUUUGGAAAAAGGACAAAAAGUUUUGGGUGAAGUAUUCGAUGUGUUGGGCCAAGUGGCAGAUCCUAUGUAUUGUGUACGUUUCAACUCGAACAAACAAAUCAAAGAGAAAGAAAUUAAUGUCGGCGAUGUAGUUUAUGUAGCGCCUAAGACCCAAUACACACAAUAUGUGAUUUUAUCCAGCUUAAUGAAAAUUAAGGGUUCUGAUGCAUCUUGGGAAAAUGAUAUGGAACCGCCACCAAGAUUUCUGGACUACUCCGAUGAUGAGCAAGAACAAUUGGCCCGGCGUCAGUUGCGCAACAAAGACAGACCUGUGGACAAUGAAGACCCCACCAAAAAACCCCGAACAAUGGAUGAAGAACAUAAUACUGACUCAAUUAGGCCGCAACAUUCGAAUACACAACAAAGAAAUCGUUACACUGAACAAAGAAAUAACAAUAGGGGUGGUCACUUUAAUGCCAACACUAGGCAACGACAAUACAAUGCACCACAACACAACCAACAACGCACUCCAAAUCCCAAUCAUCAUCGUAAUUCCUGGCAUUCCAAUUACUAUCCACAAUCUUAUCCACAACAGCCUGGUGCUAAUUAUGGCAUGCCUCCAGCACAUAAUCAACAACCACCUCAAACAUAUCCCUCACAUGUGCCCAUGUAUGCUAUGCCUCCUGUGCACAACAUGCCAUAUCCGCCGCCAUCCCAACCAACACAAUAUGGUGCACCACCGAUGUUACACCAACAUGCUCCACCACAGCUAAUGCCAAACUCAUAUAGUAUAAGACCUCCUACACUACACGGUCAUCCACAUCCCCAUCAUCAACAGUAUACAUCACCACCACCUCCACCCCCAGGAAGCCAAUAAAUAAUUAUCCUUUGUUAAGCUAUUAUACACUAACAGAGUGUAUAAUUGAACAUAAAUUUAAAUAAAAAUCCUAUUUGUUUUUGUAAAAAAAA